AUGUUAUCACUUGCCAACCUGGAUAUUCUAGCCGAGAAAUCCACACGGAGAGCGUUUGGCUCGCAAUCGCCAACCCUGCCCCACAACCCGGACACCAUUCCUGAUGUCCAUCUUAAUCAACACCAGAGCGUGGCAUAUUCGAAGCCAAGACUCGUAGCAAUGACGGUAUUCACCUCCCGCAGUAACCUCCCCUUGUCCAUCGAUUUUGGCAGUAGCCUUCGAGGACCGAGUGUGGAUUCACGUUACUAG